CUUUAAUUUGAAGCUUAAGAGGUUGGGGUAGUUCUUCUUUCCCUUUUGAAUGUCUGAAGUGAUGGUUUUGUGUAUUACCCGAGAAGAGGGAUUCAAUGCUGGAAACAUUACAUGGAAUUGACAGACGGAUCAUCAUCGGCACUGUAUGUGCACUGUGAAGAUUGGCACAGGCUCUCCUCUGCAGUGACUUUGCCCUGAACUUUGGCGUGAGAGAUUUGGAGAACACCCGACCCUUCGCAUUAUCAUCGAGUGCAGCUGCAUGCAGCUACCGUACAUCAUAUGUACAUGUUGCUUAGCUACAUGUACAUUAUGUUACUGUGACUGAUCAGCUGAUACUGAAUGAGUUUACUAGGUCGAGAAGCUAGAAGCUAGUAGAACCCUUCAAAUUGCUCUUCGUUCCUUCUCUUCAGCUCGCUGAAUCACCAAUUAAGCAACAUGGAUAGAGCGGAAAAAGAUGAGAAAGAGAGACCAGAAAAAUCCCUGCAGGGUAUGCCAUACAUGUGGAAGGGUUUCCUAAGCAACACCACACCAUUCACCCAUGAUAUCUUAAAGACAAAGAACAUUAUCAAGAUCUCACUCGGGAGCAAGCAUUGUGCAUUUUUAACAAACCAGAGAUCGGUGUAUACAUACGGUAAUGGGGAAUAUGGUCAGCUUGGUCAUAAGAAAUUCACAGACGUUACAAAACAGCCUGUCCUUGUGCAGGAACUGAAGAGCGAGAAUGUUGCAGAUGUCGUCUGCGGAAACAACCACACAGGAGUGGUGUGCGAAGAUGGGAUCGUCUUUUGCUGGGGGGAUUCCACCAACGGACAAUGUGGGAUUGGUGUCUCAGAGAAGGUCAAUAUUCCAACGCAAGUUCAUAUAAGUGAUGCGGACUGUGACCCGGUGAUCACGCAGCUUUCUUGCGGGGACUCCCACACCCUUGCAAUGUCCACGCAAGGCGAGGUCUGGGCCUGGGGUACUGGUCCACAGCUAGGACUCUCAACCGGUUCCACCCCAGUGUUAUCCCCAAAGAAGGUCAGUGCCCUCAUGGGCCGGAAAGUACUCCAAAUGGCCUGCGGAGGCACCAUGAGUCUUGUGCUCGUCCAAAGACUGAAAUCGAUGCGGUCGCCUGGCAACAAGUCCAACGAGCCUGAGGAGGAAGGGUCUGGAUCUAGCCUAACCUGCCAGGACACUGUCUACACAAUGCAUGAUGAAGGUGACACUGUUAUCAUAUCAGACAACUCCUUGUUGUGUCCUGAUUCCGGGGGCACCACAUCUAGGAGUAGGAGUAUAUCACCUGAUAGCAUUGAUGUGGCAGCCAUACAUGCGCAGCAGGCAGAGUGGGCGGCUGCAACAGAGGCAGUGGAUAAGAAACGAAGAGAGAGAGGAUCAACCUCUUCACAAGGUAGUAGUGAAGGUACCUAUACUUUGGAAGACUCGAGCGGUAAUUUGAAGAGAAUCAAAGAAGAAGCAAGUGAGCAGAGUGGUAGCCAACCCAACGGUGUCGCCAAGAAUGGCAUUGAUGGAGGAUGCGCAGAGGAAGAUGAAGAUGAUGUCUUUACAACUUCUAAGGGCACGAAAGAACUUCUGGCAGAGCAGUUGAAGCCUCUCAAUAUACAAGGGAGUCCAGCGCAAGGUGUCGCCCCUCAGCAGCGACCCGGUCCCAGUACCCGUAUCCUGGCCUCGCUGCCGCAGUCUGUGGCCCUCCGACUGGAGAAGAUCAUGAUGCCCCGGACCAGCCUGACGGAGACUAUCUCUCGGGCUAGCAGUGAUAACUCCAUCUGCGAGACAGAGCUGAUCAUCAGGGAUAAGGAUGCUCAGGCCCUGGAGUCUAGCUGUAACCUGCCUGAUCGGAAGCUACGGACGAUGUCCCCUCUGAUGGGUGGGUUGGAUGAUCUGGUCUAUCAGACAGAGGUCUGGAGCUUUGGGAAAGGCACCAUGGGACAGCUGGGUCAGGGAGAUACACUUGACAAGUAAGUUGUGUACAGCCAUAGAGGCAAGAAGUAGGGGUGCUAUAAUUUGUGUACAUGUCUCGGCUUAUUGUAGCUCACGAUAUGACUGUUUAAGAAUUUUAAAAAAGAGAGCGGAAGUGAGGAAGAGAGAGGAUGAUAGAAAGAAGAGAUAGAAUGAUGGA